AUGACGGAGUUGAGGGGCAGUAGUCUGGAAAAAUAUGAAUAUCUGUGGAAAAAUAUCUCAAGUUUGAUAAAUCCUAGUAAAACAUUCCAGAAUCAAGAUCCAGCCGACAAUCCUCACAUAGAUGUUUUUUAUGAUUCAAAAUCUUUCUCGGACGACCAAGAUAAAUUAAACAUUAAAAUUAAAAACGUCACGAUUGCCAAAUCGAAUCUAACUUCUAAUCACACCCUUAUAUAUUUAAUCAAAAAAACGUUAUCCCUCGAUAAUCAAACCAAAAAUUUAUAUUUCGCUAAUGAGAACACUGCCGCUGUGGUGGUCCCUAAUAAUAAAACUAUAAUAACAGAUAAAACUAUCUCAAGCUUGGGCAAAAUGAUAUAUAAAGGAAAGGCAAGAAAUAAAAGAGAUUGUGGACCUUAUGUGUGUCCGAAUAAUAUGACAAGUAUAUGUCUAUCACCGUUUUGCGUUUCUUUAGCUUCUCGAAUCUUACAAAAUAUUGAUAUAACCGUUGAUCCAUGUCACGAUUUUUACGACUAUGCUUGUGGUGGCUGGAGAAUCAAGAAUGAAGCCAAAAUUAUCUAUGGGAAAAAUAGUUGGGAUCAGUUCAAGGAGAUAAAUCGCAAAAACAAAUUGUUCUUUAAAAAUAUUUUAGAAGCACCUAAUAUUACUAAUAGCUCGGCAAUUAAACAAGCUCAAAUAUACUAUCAAUCUUGUCUCAACGAAAACAAAAUAAAUUCGUUGAAUGCUCAACCGUUGAAAAAAUUGGUCGAAAUUUACGGAGGUUGGCAAAAUUUGGAUAUAAAAUCUAAAAAUGGGACAAAAUUAAAAAGCUCCAAAAAUGAUUCCCUUGUAGCUUCUGAAUGUAAAGAUAAAAUGUUGAGAAAUUUGAUGAAUUUAUCAAUCGACCUGGGCUCAUCCGUAUUCUUCGUCUUUAACGUAGCCAAAGAUGAUAAAAAUUCUUCCCUCAAUGUUCUUAGCUUAAGCGAGGGUACUCUGAUUCUGGGAAAUCGAGAAUUUUACCUCAAAAAUCUCAGCUUAAAGGAUGAAGUAUUUUUCCGCCGUAAUCCUAUUCUGCUCAUAUAUUACCAAUGUGCUGUUUUGUUACUCAAAUCAAUAUUUCCUCACUCAAAGAGCAACAUUGAUAAAAUAAUGAAGGAAGUCCUAGAACUAGAAGUUUUCCUUGCAUUGAUUAAUUGGACAAGUUACGUAAAUAGCCUUAUGUCUAAAAACAACAUAACGAUAGCCCCCAAUCAAACAAUUAUUGUAUCCUCACCUUCUUAUUUUAAAAGGCUGACUCUAUUUUUCAAUGAAUAUAUUGUGGAUGAACAUAAUUGCAAAAUCACUCAAAAUUACAUUAUUUGGUAUUUGACAACUCAAAUGAUCGGAUAUAUUUCUCAAAAAUACAUAAAUUUUGUUAAACCCAUUUUCAUCGCGUUACUGGGGAUGGAAAAUGAAUCUCCAAGGUGGGAGCUAUGCGUCGAUGAAACCAACAAAAUUUUUGGAACUCCCUUGAGUACUUUGUUUAUUAAGAGAGAAUUCAAAAACCAUAGCAAAGAAAAGGCUGAAUCUUUGAUUAUCAAAAUUAAGAGUGCCUUCAAGAAAAAUUUAGAAAGCGUGGAUUGGAUGGAUUCUGAAACGAAAAAUUUAGCCGCUUUAAAAGAAAAAGACGAGCUAGGACGCAACCUUUAUUUAAUUAUUAUACGCUACAUUAAUGAUGCAAAAUCGCUCCAUUUGAGACGAUUUUUAAAUACGACUAACUCAGUAUUUUAUCCAGAAAAAUAUUACGCUAGCCUGAUGAUUUUGCCCAUAGAUGGCACAAAUGUUUGGACAUCUAUUAUCUUUCCGGCAGGAAUAUUGCAAUCCCCUCUGUACGAUAAAGAUUUUCCCAGAUCACUAAAUUUUGGAUCCAUCGGCUUUGUAAUAGGACAUGAGAUUAUCCACGCUUUUGAUAACACAGGAAGACAAUUCGAUGUUGAUGGUCAUUUAAAACAAUGGUGGAAAAACGAUUCUAUACAAAAUUUUAAAAAGAAAAUACCCUGUUUCCAGGAUCAAUAUUCUUCCAUUGCCAUCUUAGGAUCAAAUAUAAAUGGAAAUAGAACACUUGAUGAAAAUUUAGCAGACAACGGUGGCCUAAAAUUAGCAUAUAUGGCUUAUAAAUCGUCAAAUCCUAAAAACUUUUCGGAUGCCUUUAAAUUGCCGGGAGUUAAUUUAACAUCCGAUCAGUUAUUUUUCAUAUCGUUUGCCCAGACAUUUUGUGCGACUCAAACCAAAAAGUACAAUGAUUUCUUGAUAUUGACCGAUGAGCAUAGUCGCCCUAAAGCUAGAAUAAUAGGAACAGUGUCUAAUUUCGUGGAAUUUUCUAAAGCAUUUCAGUGUCCCGCUGAUUCGCCAAUGAACCCUAAAAUAAAAUGUACACUGUGGUGA